UUGCUUUUAAUAGUCUUAUUCUAAUAUCGAUUGUUCGUAGGUUCUGACCAUAUAGUGUAUUUAGCGGUGGACAGUUUUUGUGCAGAGAUUCAACUCUAUUAAUCUUUAUUCGGAAAUCAUGGAUUUUAACAAACUCCCCAAAAUAAAAGAUGUUGAAAAAGAAGGAAUGCUCGGAAAAGUAUUUGGGGUAUCUGGUCCAGUUGUGAUAGCUCAGCACAUGUCUGGCUCUGCUAUGUAUGAACUUGUCAGAGUUGGUCGAUCCGAGCUUGUUGGUGAAAUUAUCAGACUUGAUGGCGACAGAGCAACAAUUCAAGUAUAUGAAGAUACGUCUGGGGUAACUGUUGGAGAUCCUGUAUUACGAACUGGGAAGCCACUGUCUGUUGAACUUGGUCCUGGAAUAUUAGGAAAUAUUUAUGAUGGAAUUCAACGACCUUUGCGAGAUAUUAAGGAUUUAACAGAUUCAAUUUAUAUCCCAAGAGGUGUCAAUGCAACUGCACUUGAUCGUAAAGCAAGAUGGGAAUUUGUUCCUUUGAAAAAUAUCCAGGUCGGCAGUCAUAUAACAGGAGGUGAUGUUUAUGCAACUGUAGUAGAAAAUUCACUCUUACAACAAAGAUUGAUGUUGCCUCCAAAAUGUCAUGGCAAAGUCACUUACAUUGCAGAACCAGGGGAAUAUGAUGUCACAGAUGUCGUUCUUGAAGUUGAUUUUGAUGGGAAAACAUCUCAAUACCAAAUGAUGCAGGUAUGGCCUGUACGUCAACCUCGACCAGUGUCUGAAAAACUUCCUGCUAAUUAUCCAUUACUUACUGGACAAAGAGUUUUGGAUGCUUUAUUUCCGUGUGUUCAAGGAGGCACUACUGCAAUUCCAGGUGCCUUUGGCUGCGGAAAAACUGUAAUUUCACAAUCUUUAUCCAAAUUUUCAAACAGUGAUGUUAUUAUUUAUGUUGGUUGCGGUGAGAGAGGAAACGAAAUGUCUGAAGUAUUGAGAGAUUUCCCUGAACUCACGGUUGAAGUUGAUGGAAAAACUGAGUCUAUCAUGAAACGAACUACACUUGUUGCUAACACAUCAAACAUGCCUGUUGCCGCUAGAGAAUCAUCUAUAUAUACUGGUAUCACACUGUCUGAAUAUUUCAGAGAUAUGGGAUAUAAUGUUGCUAUGAUGGCCGACUCCACAUCUAGGUGGGCCGAAGCACUCAGAGAAAUAUCUGGUAGACUGGCAGAAAUGCCUGCAGAUUCUGGCUAUCCUGCUUAUCUCGGUGCUAGACUUGCUUCCUUUUAUGAAAGAGCUGGUCGAGUUAAAUGCAUUGGAAAUCCUGGUCGAGAAGGAAGUGUAUCUAUUGUGGGAGCUGUUUCUCCUCCUGGUGGCGAUUUCUCAGAUCCCGUAACAUCCGCCACACUUGGUAUUGUUCAAGUAUUUUGGGGUCUUGAUAAAAAGCUGGCACAAAGAAAACAUUUUCCGUCAGUGAAUUGGCUGAUUAGUUACUCCAAAUAUAUCAGAGCUUUAGAAGAAUUUUAUGAAAAAAAUUUUCCGGAUUUUGUGCAACUUCGAAUGAAGGCUAAAAAAAUUUUACAAGAGGAAGAAGACUUAUCUGAAAUCGUACAACUUGUAGGAAAGAGUUCAUUAGCAGAGACUGAUAAGAUCACUCUUGAAGUUGCCAAACUGUUGAAAGAUGAUUUUUUGCAACAAAAUGGAUUUUCUGCUUAUGACAGAUAUUGUCCAUUCUACAAAACUGUUGGUAUUAUGCGCAAUAUUAUCGCAUUUUACGAAAUGGCUCGUCACAGUGUUGAAUCGACGGCACAGUCAGACAACAAGAUCACUUGGACUGUAAUUCGCGAGAGCCUAGGUGAUGUUAUGUAUCGACUAUCGUCAAUGAAAUUCAAAGAUCCGGUCAAGGAUGGUGAAGGGAACAUAAAAAAGGAUUAUGAGCAAUUACACGAUGAUAUGCAGACUGCUUUCAGGAACUUAGAAGAUUGAUCUUUGUAUAAUAUUUCCUACAUUCUAAAUAAUCAGUUGUCCAUCGUAAAGUAACUAUAGUGCUAAAAAAACCUGGGACGUUUUUUUGUUAAAAUGUUGCACUCCACAGAUUUUUUGUGCAUUUCUCUUCAUGCAAAUUUUUUUCUUUUACUUUUCACUGCAUUCAAAAGCAGGGUUCAAUUAAUUGUUUCCGGACUGAGUGAAGUUAGGUCUACCUCCUUCAUCUGUGAAAAUAAUCAUAUUUGAUAUUAACACACUUUAUUCAUAACGAAGGAAAUUUGGUUGAGGGAAUUUAAAUAUGUGUCAUCAUUCGAAAUUUGUUCAAUAUGGGAUUUCUGGGUCUCUUAAAUAUUAGCAUUAGCCUUCUAAAUUAUAUUCUCACUUCGAAUUUUUUCAAGUUGUGUUCAAAAAUUCUUCAAUAUUGAAUAUGAAUUAUGUGAAUUAGAGAUGUCGUUACAUCAUGUCACCAGAAUUAAACAAAUCAGCUGAUGCUGUUAUAUGGGUAUUUCUCAUUAUGCGAGAGGCCAUUUAUGACAAGAUUGAGAAAUUACAAUUUUGAGAAAUUACAAUGUUGGUGAUAACAUUGUCAAAGUUCAAAUCUGCUAUCAUUUUUCUUAUUGAAGUUCAUAUAAUAGUAAAAUUCUUCAAAGCCAUAUUCGGAACAAGUUCACCAGGUAGGGUAUUUUGUUCACAAAUAUAAUUAUCGAUAAUAGUUCAAGGCAAUGCUCUGUUAAUAUUAUCAUGAACCACAUUUGUCUAUACGUGCAUACAUACUUAAUUGCAAGAAUAUUAUUUAAAUUACAGUACGAGCAGUGGUAGAUUUUAAUAAAGACUGUUAGAUUUCGUUAAAAUCACUUGUGUUCUAUAUUUUGGAAUCCAAUUGGAAAAAGAAUUUGUCAAGUCUGUUUUAUUGGUCACUAAGCUUUUUCAUUAAUAUUCUUUGGUCUGUUUCUUGGGAUUUUUCGUUAAUGAACUCUUCUUAAUGAAACAACUUUGAAUUGUUUUUUAUUUGAUGGUUUGUAUCUUUAGUCCAAAAUUAUAAAAUACCUGAUAUAUCUGAAUCGUUUGAUGUUAAUUUUUUUUUGUACUGUGCAAUAUUUAUUAUAAGUAAUGUACAAGUUCAUUUAUUCCAAUAUAUCGACUGUGUUUCUAAACAUUUAUUGUAUUGGAUUUAAAAUUGAAUUAUACUAUUCACUUGGUCAUAUUAAGUUGGCCUUCCAUUUAUCAAAAUAGGAACACUUGGUAAUAAAGUUUUAGUAAGUGAAGGCUUUUUUCAUCUUGCUGUCUGCUUGGCCGCAUUUCGUUUUGUAUUUCCUUCGAAAAACUAUUAUAUAAGCAAUGAUUUUUUUUUGUAGGUCGAUUUUCAUUCCCGCAUAUUUUUUAUGUAAAAUAUCCGAGUAUUUUGCAUAGUUCUGUUACUCAAUAUUGUCAUCAUUGGUUACAUUAUGUCUCAUCGUCCUGAUUUUUCUUUAUAUCUUAGUCGUGUUGAUAAAAUAUAUUACUGUAUUGCAGAA